CUUAUCCUGUGAUGGACUUCCAGUACCUCUGAUCAGCACAGCAGCAAGUGAGCUGAUAUCUCCACCAACAUGCAUCUUUUAUCUUUUAUGAAUGUGGUUUUCUUCUAUGCCAUGCUUCGUUACAUGGCUUCAGGGAAGAAGUUUCGUUGGUGUACCUUAUCUGACGCAGAGCAGAGGAAAUGUUCUUAUCUGGCCCGGACCCUUCAAAAUGUUCUGUCUUCAAGCGACACAUUCUCUCGAGUAUCAUGUGUCAGAGCUCACAAUGCGCAGGACUGCAUGACGAAAAUCAGAGGAAAUAAAGCAGACGCCGUGUCCCUAGAUUCUGGUGAUGUUUACACAGCAGUCAGACUGUAUGACCUGGAUGUGGUAGCAAAGGAAGAAAAUACUGAAGGAACCUGCGUGUUUGCUGUAGCUGUUGCUCAUCGUGGUACUCUGAACAUCCGUAAUCUAAGAGGAACCCGCUCUUGUCACAGUGGAGCCAAAUGGACAACUGGAUGGAAUAUACCAUUUGGAUUCCUCCUCUCCAGGAACCUAAUGUUUUGGGAGGAAGAACAACCUUUGGCUAAAGUUGUCAGUACAUACUUCAAUGCAAGUUGUAUUCCUGGAAUUGGAGUCUCUUCUCCAAACCUGUGUGAAUUGUGCCAAGGAGCAAAGUCUUACGUACGAGAAAAAAAUCACUUCUGUGAGACCAGCAGCAGCGAGCCUUUUUCAAACUCUGAUGGAGCUUUUAGAUGUCUUAAGAGUGGUGCAGGAGAUGUUGCAUUCAUGGAUCACCUGACCAUAGCAGGAGCAACUGACUCAGAAGUGGAUCAAUUUGAACUCUUAUGUCCAGAUGGAUCCACAGCUAGUCUAAAAUCCUACAGGUCGUGCAAUUUGGGUCUGGGCCCUGGCAAAGCAAUUAUCACAAGAGGUCACAUGAAAAGAAUAACUAAGAGAUUUCUUAUGCUGAUCCAGAACUUUUUUGGCAGACGUGGAAAACACAAAAGUCGUUUUUCUAUCUUUACAUCAGAAAAUUUUGGGGGGCAAAAUCUUCUGUUUCAUGACUCUACAGAAAGACUGCAAGUUUUAGCAGAUGAUGCAGAUAUGACAGAUAUAUUAGGCCUUGACUAUGUGGCACUCUUAAAGGAACUUGGGCACGAAGGGAUCUCUCUGGACCACAGUGUGAUUCGUUGGUGUUGUAUUAGUUCAGCUGAGAUGAGGAAGUGUGAAGACUGGGCGCUGAGCGUAAGAUCGGACCCUCUGGUUUGUGUCCAAGCAACAUCUCUAUCUGGAUGCAUUGAGAUGAUUAAGAGUAAUGAGGCUGAUGCUGUUACACUAGAUGCCACUCAUGCAUAUAUAGCUGGAAGAUGUGGACUUCAACCAGCAGCAAUAGAAUACUGGGGUAAUAAUUCAGAUUGUCUUACAGAUCCUAAAGAGCUCCUACAGGGCCUCCUAGAGAGAGGGUUUCCUUCUCUUUAUGCAUUGGCUGUUACUAAAAAAAACAUGAAAGCCGUGACUCUUCCUGAUCUGAGCGGGCGUCGCUCCUGCCAUGGAAACAUGUACAGUCCCGCAGGGUGGCUCCUGCUCUCCAGAUACACUGUUCGGGCACCUGUGAAUGAAACAUGGAAUUGUGACAUUAAUUCAGCUUAUGAAAGCUAUUUCUGGAAGGGGUGCAUGCCUGGAGGAGAACGUGGUUUAUGCAAGGUGUGUGUGGGAUGGGAAGAGGAUGGGAAAGUCAAUGGGAGAUGUGAAGCCAAUCACGAUGAGCGUUAUUAUGGCAACAUGGGCGCCCUAAGGUGUUUGGUUGGGGAUCCAGGUGGACGCAGUUAUGGAGAUGUUGCAUUUUUGGAGCAUCACUCACUGCAAGAAAACAUAGCAUAUCUUGAGAGUUCUGGUUGGAUUCAUGGUCUUACCCCCUCAGACUUUCAGCUCUUGUGUCCAAAUGGUGAAAGAGUUCCACUAACAGAAUGGAAGCACUGUAACCUGGGAGUGAUCCCACCAAGUAUAGUGAUGACACGUCCUAUAAUCACAGCUAAGAUUUAUGAGUUCUUAAUGAAAUCCCAGGAAUAUUUGGGACCAAGCAAAGACUCCACUUUUCGGCUCUUCCAAUCAGUGCAAAAGUAUGGAGAGGGUGAUCUGCUAUUCAAGGAUUCAACAGCUUGUCUUCUCCCAACUGGGCACUAUGGACUUCAGGACAUAUUAGGAGACAGUUUCAUGCAGCUUGCAGACUCGGUGUUUAACUGUACGCAUGCAGGUAUCUUAGAUUUCUGCACUUCAGAUAUCUGCACAGAAAAGAAGAAGCAACUUUCAUAACUUAUAUGCAUUAGCAAAACAGACAUUAUGGGGCUGAUUUACUAAUACCGUCUAAGAUGUAGAUUGUGUUACUGUAGACUGAACAGAUUGAAAAAUGUGCACAGUGCUGGAUGAUAGACUAGAAAGCCUAAAGGUGCCCUAAGUUUAUACCACAUAGUUGCUUUUGGCAGUUUUGCAACUUAAAGGGAAUCUGUCAGCAGUUUUGAUAAUACUAAACUGCACUAGGUAGG